AUGGACAUUUACGAUCCCGGUCUUAUGGCUGCAAAUGGCAGCGUCGAUGGAAGCAGCACUCCUACAGGCAACGAAUCAGUGAAUAAAACUGAACUUGACCAGAAUGUGGAAAAGCUGGUUGGCAACAUCUCAAGCUGGUGGUCUGGCUUUGCCAAAAAGUCGCAAGACUCGAUCACACAGGCACGAAAGGAGAUGGAAACCCGAGGUGGUAUUGUCAACUAUGCCAAGAGCGAAUAUGCGAAGCUCGAAUCUUCGAUUGGUGAAGCGCAAAAGAAGGCGCGAGACCACAGUCAGCAGCCACAAGGAGCCAAAGAGGACCUCAGUGCUGAGUCCUCGUCGACGGACUCGGCGAGUCGCUCUGAGGUCAGCAAAGGAAAGCAGAGGGCCAUCGAUAACCACACAUCAGCAGUGGCGCCUUCCGAUGAUGCAGAAGGCGCGAAUCAGAGUCCUACUCUCGGCGCUUCGAUGUCAUCACUCUUUUCCAAACUCACCUCUGACCCGCGCCUGGUUCAGCUCCAACACUCCUUGACAUCAACGCUGCAAUCCGUGUCAUCACCUGUAACCUCAAACGAGCCCAAUGAUGCCACUAGAACUACCAACCCGAUCAAGCUGCAGGAGUCGCUCUCGAAGCUCUCGCUGACCAUUCAGUCCCACCUUCCGCACCUGGAUCUCAAAGAAUCCCAGCAGCUGGCCAAUCGUUAUCUGCAGGCUACCGAGAGCUUUGCGCGGGAGGUGCAGUCGGACAUGAAGGAAUUCGUUGGCGAAUUGGUACGUAUUGUGCCGCCAGAGGAACGAGGUGCAGAAGCCGAGUCGACAGCUGCCAAGUCCGAUUCGACUUACAGUGGGUCGGACGUUGCCGAAAAGACAGCCCCGCCGAUUGCCGCGGAUAAUCAAUCCCAACCGUCUGGAAAAGCCAGACCAGGUAGUACGGAUGCAAAGACACAGACAGUCGCUGCAACUGACGCCACGUCGGAGGAGGAAGACUUUGCGUGGGACGAAGACGACGAGGAAGCUGCAGCUGUUCGCUCCGAAAUCGCUGUUUCAACCACAUCCUCGACAGGAAAAGCGGCGGAGCAAUUGUCCAUGCCCACUACUCCGGCAGUCAAGCAAGCCGAAACAGUCCAGGCCAAAAACGAGGAGUCUGAAGAGGAUUCCGAUUGGGAGUGA